AUGGACAAGUGUCGCGGUCUUCCUACUUCCAGGGAGCUCCGGAGCCACUGAUGAGAUCAGAAGUGGCAUGAUAAACAGUACAAGAAAGCCCGUUUGGGCACAGCCUUCAUACCCAACGAUGGUUGUUUGAAUUUUAUUGAGGAAAAUGAUGAAGUUCUGGUCACCGGAUUUGGUCACAAAGGUCAUGCUGUCAGUGACCUUCCUGGAGUUCACCUUAAGGUUGUCAAAAUAGCCAGUGUCUCUUUUUUGGCCUUAUACGAAGGCAAGAAGGAAGGCCCAAGAGCAUAA